AUGGCGGAAAUCUACAACACAGACCGCUUCGCAGAGCUUUAUUACCCAUCCAAUACAGCCGACCUCCUGCACCUGGGCCUCGCGGCGCGCUUCAUUGCGGGGCUGUUCGAGACCAAUCAGGUCACCUAUGCCUUUAUUGGGGGUUGGGCUGUCUACCUGCGCGGCGGCCGCCGCAGGACCCAGGACAUCGAUAUUACGGUUGCCACCUCCAUGGACCAUCUCAAGGAGGUGCUGACUGCGCAGUCUCGAAUCCAUUACCCGGCUAUUCACGGCCGAACAUCGGUCCAGAUCUUCAUUGACACGGGCCGGAGCCAUGACGGCGAGUUCCCGCAAGUUCCAGACCUGGCCGUCAGCAUGGACAUCGUGAUCAGUGGAAAUUUGGGCACGCCUUCUGAUCUCCAGGCCUCGCGCGAGCCCAUCAAUCCCUACCGGCCGACGCCGUUGAGGUCACCGGUAUUGGUAUUGGGACUCUUCUUCCAGAUUUAUGCCAAGCUUGAUGCGUAUGCGCGGCGUGGCGAGCAGGGGAGUAAGGAUUUCUUGGAUCUGGAAUUCUUGCUUACGCAGUAUGCGGCGCAGAUUCCGACGUUUCGCGAUUAUUAUGAUGUUGAGCAGAGGAGGUACUUUUUGAUGCAUUAUGCGGCGACUUAUGGGGCUUUUCCGGAUCAGGUGGAUAAUAUGCGGUUGUUAUUGGGGCUUUGA